GGCCGGAAGUGGGGGCCGCUCAGUCCCUACUUCCGGUAGCGCCUCGCUGCUCCGGAGCGGCGGCGGCCGCGUAUGCAGUUUCCAUGGGGACCGAGGAUGGCGGCGCGAGGUGAGCUCCGGAGGUGAACGGCUGUCCUCCACGCCCCUGGAAAUCCUCUUCUUUCUCAACGGCUGGUAUUAUGCCACCUACUUCCUGCUGGAACUCUUCAUAUUUCUGUAUAAAGGUCUCCUGCUACCGUAUCCAACAGCCAAUCUGGUGCUGGACGUGGCGAUGCUGCUCCUCUCCCUCGGAAUUGAAGUGAUUCGGCUGUUUUUUGGUUCGAAGGGAAACCUCUGCCAGCGAAAGAUGCCCCUCGCCAUUAGUGUGGCCUUGACCUUCCCAUCUGCCCUGAUGGCCUCGUAUUACCUGCUGCUGCAGACCUACGUGCUCCGCCUGGAAGCCAUCAUGAACGGCAUCUUGCUCCUCUUCUGUGGCUCUGAGCUGCUGCUGGAGGCGCUCACGCUGGCCGCCUUCUCCAGUGUGGACAGGAUUUGAAGUCCAAACAUUUCAGCCCGCAGCCCUCCGAGGCUGAGACGCUCGCGCUUCUGGGACUUCAGCCACACCAGCGAGAGAGGGCGGGUCACGUGGUCCGAGGCAGAGUCGCAGCUUCUCCUCAGCACAGACAUUUGGGCCACAAACCGAGCAUAAGGCCACUGGGCACCGACUAGACAGGACCAUCAGCCGGAGAGACUUGUCUACGCUCCAGCACAGGGAGGGGCACGGCGGUCCCCGUCCUGGCCAUCCUCAGGCCCGGCUCCUGUUGACCGCCAGUCCUCCUCGCUGACCAUCGUGGCCAGAGCAUCUCGUGUGGACCAUGUGGGCUCCUUGGCUUCCGCAGGGCCUGAGCCACUCCCUACCCCGUGUGCCGUGCCCGCCUGUCCCGCACCAGCACGGAGCUCCAAGGGGCGCAGCCUCCAUCCUGCAGGGCCUGAGCGCCAGCCCUUUUUAGUAGCUCAGUGUUAUUUUUCUAUCCCAUCAUGACGCAAACAUUGUUUUAUAAUAAAUGUGUAUUUUCUGUUG